CAGCUGUGGACUAGAUCAGCUGUUCAUGAUCAGCUGGACUUCACGGAUGUCAUUUCUGUAAAGCAAGAUUGAAGAUGUCGCGUCUUUUACUAUUCUCAUUGCUUUGCACCGUAUUCAGUACGAAUCAAUGUCUUUCUGAUGAUUCCCCCCAAGUGCAGAUUAAAGACACCAUAUUAACAGGCACCAAUCGUUAUGUAGCAGCGGCCACAACUCCUGUGUAUUCCUUCAGAGGGAUAUACUAUGCUGAGCCUCCUGUAGGGGCUAGGCGGUUUUCUCCACCUGUUACUAAGAAGCUUCCCGGUGGCAUAUAUGAUGCGACCAAGUCUGGUCCAUUCUGCCCUCAGAAUCUUGAGACAACAUCCAUCGUGUUUCCACGACCAUUUCCCUCACAGGAAAUGAAUGAGGACUGCCUGCAUCUUGAUGUCCACACACCCAGCCAUAACCCCGGAGAGAACCUAGCAGUCAUGGUGUACUUCCAUGGAGGCGCCUAUGUAAACGGUGCAGCGGGAUACUAUGAUGGGUCUCCAUAUGCCCUGUUUCAGAAUGUGGUGCUGGUGGCUGCGAACUAUCGUUUAGGAGCUUUAGGUUACCUAAGUACAGGAGAUGAAGCUGCUUUUGGUAACUUUGCUCUCCUAGACCAGCAGAUGGCUCUUCAGUGGGUGCAUAACCACAUAAAGCUCUUUGGUGGUGACCCCAACCGAGUCACCAUCUUUGGGGAAUCUGCUGGAGCUGUCAAUGUCAUCCUCCACCUCCAGUCGCACUUAUCACGAGGCUUCUUCCACCGAGCUAUCUCGCAGAGCGGGGUGGCACACAGCCCUAUCAUGAUGUCCAAGAAUCCUCAUCAUGUUGCCCAGAGGCUGGCCAAGAAACUUCUUUGUCCCACUUCCAGCAACAAAGAGCUAGUGGAAUGCCUGCGAACCAAGGCUGCUGAUGAUAUCAUCAAGGUCGACAUGACAGACCCUGAUAUACCCACCUUACCUUUUGCACCUGUUGUGGAUGGUUUCUUUAUUGAGGAAGAGCCACUUGAAGCUCUGAUGACAGGGAAGCUAACUGCUGGGCCUGAGCUGUUGAUAGGUGUCAAUAACCACGAGGGAGGAUUCUCAAACUUAGCAAACAGGAUGCAUGCAAAGCUACUGACAGAUUUUGAUGUUCAGGCCUUCAGAAAGCUAUUGCAGUUUGAGCUCCAGAAGUUCAUACCAGGGGACCUGAGCGAUUUGAUACAUAGUAUUGAGCUCAUGUAUGGAGGCAAGCAUGGUAUGACUGACAAGGAUGCCUUAUAUCAGCUUACAGAAGUCGUUGGAGAUCUUAUAUACGUUGUGCCUGCUCUAGCUCUAGCCGAAAGUCGGACAGCCGUGGGAGGUAAAGUGUACUUCUAUGAAUACCAGCACCGAAUGUCAUGUUCAAGAGCGCCAUCUUGGGUGAGAGCUGAUCAUGGUGACGAGGAGGCCAUCGUCGUUGGCUUUCCCUUCUUGGAGGAACAUGAAUUGGGACGGCUUCACUUCACCCCGGAGGAGAAAGACCUCAGUCACAUCCUCAUGACCUACUGGGCUAACUUUGCAAAGACUGGCAACCCCAAUGGUGAUGGCAAUACCUCUGGUGUUACAUACUGGCCAAGAUACUCGGUACAGGACAAGGAUUACAUGAAACUGGAUUUCAUCCCAGAGGUUGCAAAGAACUUAAAACCAGAGAGAGUCAACUUCUGGCAACAUCUCAUGACCAUUGCGUACAAGCAGGCAAGAAAGGAUGAACUAUAGAGGGAGGUAGAUGGUAAUGAGCAUUGCUAGUAGACCAAAGAUAGUCAUGUCACUGAAAGUAACUCUCAUUCAUAGUACAUAUUCAUGGAGCACUGAAGUAGAUCCUUCCCAUAGAGAUCAUAUGUGUGAUGGAAUUAUUUAGAGCUCCAUGAAU